UUCAUGUAUCUGCUAAUAUCUUGAAAGAAGGAAAAAUUAUUGCUGUGCCUACAGACACUGUUUAUGGCAUUACUGCUUUAGCUCAAUGUGAUACUGCUGUGAAAGCAAUCUAUAAAAUAAAAGGACGAGACUGCAGAAAGCCACUGGCUAUUUGUGUUGGAUGUGUUGAAGAUGUAACAAAAUGGGGUAAGUUAACAUUCCCAAAGCAUCUGUUAGAUGACUUACUACCUGGGCCAGUGACAUUAGUUAUGGAAAGACAGAGCUCUCUAAAUCCUAAUUUAAAUCCUGGUAUUCCAUUGGUUGGAAUAAGAAUACCCAAGAGUAAAUUUAUUCAAGAUUUAGCUUCACAGUGUGAUGGACCAUUAGCAUUAACUAGUGCAAAUAUCAGUUCUGCGAAAAGUACUCUAGCAGUUCAGGAAUUUAAGGACAUGUGGUCACAUUUAGAUUUAAUUGUUGAUGGUGGCAUACUUGGUUUGCAAGAUCCAAAGAGAUUAGGUUCAACAGUAGUAGACCUCUCACAGAAGGGCUUUUUCAGAGUGAUAAGGAGUGGAUGUUCAUUUGAAAGGACACUCGAAGUUUUAAAAAGAUAUGGCUUGAAGGAGCUAGGAUGAUUAAUAUAUAUACCAUAAGAAAUUUGUACAGUUUUGUUAAUAUUUAUUUAUAUUAAACUUGUAAUAAACAUG